CAUGCUCGCUCUGGAGGCUGCACACUCCGUCUCUCCCUCCGGAGUUCUGGCAGUGGGAAAGGGUGCGCCUUUUCCCUGGCUCUGGCUGGGGAGGGGUCCCGGGGCCGAGAUGGCUUCCGCUGAGGGGGACGGCCGCUUCUCCCCCUCCCACCUCCAGUACCCCGAUAGCCUCUUCUAUGACCUGGACACCGCCAAGCCCAACCCAGGGGGGCUCCCCCACAACUACGCAGACCCCGACGGGAUGCCUGACUCCCUCUGGAGCUGGAUGGAGCCCCCGCCGGGCCCCGGCUACGAGACCCUGGACCCCUCAGUGGCCACCAGCGCCCUGCAGUUCACCCAGCUCCACAGCGUACAGCUCUCCUACCUGCCCGGAACCUAUGGGCCCACCGGGCCCGGGGGGCCGGGCGGGCCGGCCCUCGACUUCCCUCCGGUCCCCGAGCCCCCGGCCCUGGGGCUGGGGCCUUACCCCGAGGUGGAUUACAGCAGCCAGCCUCCGGGACUCCCCUUCCCGCCAUUCCCACCGUUCCCCAGCCCGCCUCUGUCCGAGGAGGAGGAGUUCCCGCUGGACGGCCCGGCCUUGGAGGUGUCCGACAGCGAGUCAGACGAGGCUCUGGCGGCUGGAGGGGAGGGGGCCGGAGCCGAUGCAGGUGCCAGGAAGAAGCUGCGCCUCUACCAGUUCCUGCUGGGGCUGCUGACGCGGGGCGACAUGCGGGAGUGCGUGUGGUGGGUCGAACAGGGCUCGGGGGUCUUCCAGUUCUCCUCCAAGCACAAGGAGGCCCUGGCCCGCCGCUGGGGCCAGCAGAAGGGCAACCGCAAGCGCAUGACUUAUCAGAAGCUGGCCCGGGCCCUGCGCAACUACGCCAAGACCGGCGAGAUCCGGAAGGUCAAGAGGAAGCUCACCUACCAGUUUGACAGCGCUUUGCUGGGGGCCCCCCGGCUGUGAACCGUCCCCCGGCCCACCGGGGAAGCGCGGGAAAAGAUGAGGGACCCGGCCUUCAGGCUCCUACUCGACGCUGCCGGGGAGGACAGGCCGAGCGCCGGGUCCCCGGCCCCUUCCGAGCCGCCCCCCUCCCCAGGGAAGCCCUCCUGGCUUCCGCAGCUCAGCAGCCCGAGGCCCCGAAGGGACCAGACUGGG